ACGACGUCUUUUUACGUCUCUAAAAGUCCUCACGGAGCAAAGUGCGUGCUUUGCUUUGGCCCAUCGUAGCGGCAGACCGCCCGGGAAUGUGAUGCUACUGCUGCUGCUUGGUUCAUGGAAAAAAGGGACGGUGCCAGAACAUGGCGGAGGCGUGAGGUGUCUAUCAACAUCCCUCCUUUAUUAAGAUGACCUGAGCCGUUUGGCGGACUUGGCGCAGUUUUUUUUUUAUUUUUUUAGGGGGGGUGUUUGUCAACGAGAGCGCACUGCGGCAACUGCAGUGACGCUCCUAAAGAAGAAGCAGCAGCAGCAGCAGCAUGAUGAUGAGGAUGAGCUGUCCUGGAUCUGUUUACAACAUUAAUGUCAAUUAGCAUACACCACUAAUGCAUCCCUCGCCAUCUUUAUCAUCAUUAUCAUCUUUCACCCAGCACCGGCUGUGCUUCAACCUGACUUCAUUGCAAUGCAGAGACAGACGCUGCUGCACUUGCCUGUAAAAAUGGUGGUGAUUUGGGGUUUUGUGGCGUUACAGUGGUGUCAAACAACAUUACCAGGGUGUGUCCCCAUAGCGACAUAGAGGAAAGGUGGAAAAAUGUCAUUACUAAUCUAUCCUAAACAGGCCAUUUUAAAAGGAGCACAUCUUAACCCCUUAGCAUUCAGUGAUUGCCUGACCUAAAAUGUUGUUAGGAAGUCAUCCAAAGUAAACAAAGCUGUCAUUGAACCAUAUAGGGGCUGCACGGUGGACAAGUGGUUAGCACGCAGGCCACACAGCUAGGAGACCGGAGUUCAAUCCCACCCUCGGCCAUCUCUGUGUGGAGUUUGCAUGUGCGUAGGUUCUCUCCGGGUACUCCGGUUUCCUCCCACAUUCCAAAAACAUGCUAGGUUAAUUGGCGACUCCAAAUUGUCCAUAGGUAUGAAUGUGAGUGUGAAUGGUUGUUUGUCUAUAUGUGCCCUGUGAUUGGCUGGCGACCAGUCCAGGUUGUACCCCGCCUCUCGCCCCAAGACAGCUGGGAUAGGCUCCAGCACCCCCGCAACCGGUAGAAAAUGAAUGAAUGAAUGAACCAUAUAGGGUAGAGGCAUAGCUUUGCACUCUUCAUCACUAGAAGCUGAAUUUUCAUUUAUAUUUUUUUUAGGUUGGCCUACCCCCAUCCCUCCCAAUUUGACAAUUACACUACAAAAAUGGUGUAUAUUACUCUGUUUUUUAUUAUAUUCCGUCAGUUGUCACUUCUCUACAAAAGGUACACCAUUGAUGCUGAGGCACAGUCCACGUCCCCCCCAAAUAUGAAGCCAUUCCUUGCCACCCAUCAACCAGAAUAUCGAGGUUAUACUUAAGAGUGUGCAGCAGCUGUUUGCGUGUCUUUAUGGAUAUAGUAUGACUUAGUGUGGACUAAUUACAAUUACUGGACCAUUGCCAAUGUAAGAACGCAUUAUUUGUAAUCUUCUGCAGACCCAUUGCGGAGGCUACUUGUCCAUUUAGAAUAUCACAAAAAAAGCUGAAUUAAAAAGCAAACAUGCAGUUAAUCCUAAGGAAUUCCGACUUUAGACAUUCCCUUGGUACUAUUAGUUUGUAUGAUGACUUUUUUUUGGGUCACAACCUUGAGACUGGCUUCAGAGUCCACGUCAUGUAACAACAUGUUGCCGGUCUGUUAACCAUCUGAAAGCCACACUAACUAAGACAAUCAGUUCCAGAAAACCCCCAGAGUGUGUCUUGACUUCAGCCUGAGCCGGUCGCCAUGGUAAAGGAGAAAGUCCACAUCAACAUUGUUGUCAUCGGCCAUGUGGACUCUGGAAAGUCCACUACCACGGGCCACCUCAUCUACAAGUGUGGUGGCAUCGAUAAAAGGACCAUAGAGAAGUUUGAAAAGGAGGCUGCUGAGAUGGGGAAGGGAUCGUUUAAGUAUGCCUGGGUGCUGGACAAAUUAAAGGCAGAGCGGGAACGUGGUAUCACUAUUGACAUCUCUCUGUGGAAGUUUGAGACCACCAAGUAUUAUGUGACCAUCAUCGACGCUCCAGGCCACAGGGACUUCAUCAAGAACAUGAUCACUGGGACCUCUCAGGCCGACUGUGCCGUCCUCAUUGUGGCUGCCGGUGUCGGGGAGUUUGAGGCCGGUAUUUCAAAGAACGGGCAAACACGUGAGCAUGCCCUGUUAGCCUACACUCUGGGUGUCAAGCAACUCAUCGUGGGCAUCAACAAGAUGGACUCCACAGAGCCAAACUACAGCCAGAAGCGUUACGAGGAAAUUGUGAAGGAAGUUAGCACCUACAUCAAGAAGAUAGGCUACAAUCCAGACACGGUUCCCUUUGUGCCCAUCUCUGGCUGGAACGGUGACAACAUGCUCGACGCCAGCCCCAAUAUGCAAUGGUUUAAGGGGUGGAAGAUCAAUAGAAAGGAUGGUAAUGCAUCGGGGACCACACUGCUGGAAGCUUUGGAUGCCAUUCAACCACCGACCCGACCAACUGACAAACCACUUCGUCUGCCCCUUCAGGAUGUCUACAAGAUAGGAGGUAUUGGAACCGUGCCUGUAGGCCGCGUGGAAACAGGCAUCCUAAAGCCUGGCAUGGUAGUGACAUUUGCCCCCGUCAACAUAACUACCGAGGUGAAAUCAGUGGAGAUGCACCAUGAGGCGCUGUCCGAGGCCCUGCCCGGUGACAAUGUAGGCUUCAACGUUAAAAACGUGUCAGUCAAGGACAUCCGCCGUGGAAACGUGGCUGGCGACAGCAAGACCGAUCCGCCGCAGGAAGCUGCCAGCUUCACUGCUCAGGUCAUCAUCCUGAACCACCCGGGCCAGAUCAGUGCCGGCUAUGCUCCCGUGCUGGACUGUCACACAGCUCACAUCGCCUGCAAGUUUGCCGAGCUCAAGGAGAAGAUUGACCGCCGCUCCGGUAAGAAGUUGGAGGACAACCCAAAAUCCCUGAAGUCCGGAGAUGCUGCCAUUGUGGACAUGACUCCUGGCAAGCCCAUGUGUGUGGAAAGCUUCUCUGAGUAUCCUCCACUGGGUCGCUUCGCAGUGCGUGACAUGCGCCAGACCGUGGCUGUGGGCGUCAUCAAGGGUGUGGAGAAGAAGGCCUCCACCACUGGGAAAAUCACCAAAUCCGCCCAGAAGGCCCAGAGGAACAAAUGAAUGUUGUGCUUCGCUGCCGACCCCAGGGUCUCCCAGGGCAGGACAUCAGUCAUCCAACUCCAUCAUACGAUUGGCUGCUUCAACUUAAUAACCAAAGACUGGUUAAUCAUCACGAUGCAUCGCAAAACCAUCAGAAGAAAAGAAAAACAUUCAGAUCCUGUUGUUGUAUUACUAUGACAUACAAUAAUGUAAUAUCACAUAGUUUUAAGUGUGCACUGUUCAUUUGAUUCAUGGCAAUCCCAUUCUGUGAUCGUGUACAAUUAGGGGUAUUCAAAUCUAGCACCUCUCUAUAGCUCAAAUACAGGUACUGGUGUGUUUACAUGAUGAAUGUCGUCUUUUAUUAGUGUCGGUUUUCAGUUUUUACAUGACGCUCCGUAUAAGCAGUUAAAGACUAAUGUAUGUUUUUCAGAGCAGUAUGUAGACGAGUAGACCGUCAUGUUUUGUUGUGGUUCAGCUUUAACAAAGCAUUUUAAAACAAAUGGCAAAAUGUGUCCUUCCCAAGUGGCUCUAAAUAGGCCACCUAAUUCUUUAAGCACUUUCAUUGGCACUUUGCUAACUUUGCACUUGCUGUGGAGAUAUUUAAAAAAAAAAUGAAUACGCAACUGCACCUUACUGUAGAAUGGCACAAGCCGCUUUGCAACAUUAAACACUAUUCCACUCAA